GCGGCGCCGGAGCGGGCGGCCGCCAUGGCCCCCGGAGCGGCGGCGGCGCUGGCCCUGUUGCUGCUGGCGGCGGCCGCCGCCCGCCCCGCCGCCGCCUGGGACCUGCGGGCGCUGCGCUGCAGCUUCUCGGCGGAUUGCGAGUGCGGCUUCGGGCCCGACCUGCGCGGUCUGGAGUGUGACUUGGCCCUGAACCUGGUGGGGCAGCCGCUGGUGAGGCAGCAGGUGAUGAAGGGGGUGAGGGAAUUCCUGGAGAACCGGAAUCCUGUGAAACCCCUUGUGAUGUCCUUCCACGGCUCGACAGGAACAGGCAAGACCUUCGUGACCUCCAUGCUCGUCCGCUACCUCUUCCAGGGUGGGCUGCAGAGCCCUUACGUUCACCAGUUCUCCCCAAUAGUGCACUUCCCCCACGCUGAGCGGAUAGAGCAGUACAAGGAAAGCCUGAAGCGCUGGAUCCAAGGGAACUUGACAAACUGUGGACGGUCAGCCUUUCUCUUUGAAGAGAUGGACAAGAUGCACCCGGGCCUGAUCGACGUGAUCAUACCAUUCCUGGGACCCUCGUGGGUUGUGUACGGGAACAACUACCGCAAAGCGAUCUUCAUCUUCAUAAGCAAUGCAGGAGGGGAGCAGAUCAACGAAAUGACGCUGGAUCUGUGGCGUGCCCACAAGGACCGGGAGGAGAUCAGCCUGCAGGACCUGGAGCCAGCCAUCUCCAAAGCCGUGUUUGAAAACCCUCAGAGUGGAUUCUGGAAAUCUGGUAUCAUUAACAACCAUCUCAUUGAUUUUGUUGUGCCCUUCCUCCCAUUGAAGCACCACCACGUAAAGCAGUGUGUCAUCAGUGAACUUGUCCAGCAAGGCCUCGAAGUACGUCCGGGUGUUGUCCAGGAGGUGGCUGACAGCAUCCCCUACUUCCCAGAAGAAGAGAAAAUAUUCUCAUCAACAGGCUGCAAAACUGUGGCCUCUCGGAUCAGUUUUUUCUUCUAGCCAGUGGCGAGGGCCUUGCUUGGAUCCGUAAGGGAUGUAUACAGAGCUGUAAAGCGGCAGAGCCCAGGGCUGGCAGGACGAGCAGUGGGAGCUGCAUGUUCCCUCUCGGCAGCACAAGUGCUCUCCUGCUGAACUCAUCUCUCCAGCCCAAGGAGGCCACUGCAGGACACAGCUGUGGGACCAAGUGCAAGUGAUGUGAUUUAAAGCACUUUACUGAUUUACCCUUGGCCAGGUGAGGGUGGAUAUGACCCGCCUGGUGCACCACCCAAGACAUCUGUGAUGACAAGGGGAAGAUGUGACGAGGGCCUGCAGUGUCAGGGAGGUUUCUCACCCUGUCAGCAGCACCUGCCUGCAGCUCUCCCCUCUCCAGGCAGCUAUUGAUAGCCAACACAUCAAGAUUCUGAGCCCACAGAAGAAUAUUUCUUUCUUACAGCAUUUUAACAGUUUUUUUUAAAACCUUUUUAAGCAUAGCUGUGCCUCAGGUCCUUGGUACAACGUGACAGUGCUGGUGCUGACCCCUGAAGCACUGUCCUGUGAACACCUUCAACGUUGCAGCAAAGUGCUUUACAAGGAAGUUUUAGAGCCAACUUCUUUCCAGCGUCCUUUCACUGUGACUAGGUGCUGGUAGGGACCAGCUUCACCAUCAACAAGUGUAAGGGGAAAUGUGGGAGAUGGCAACAUCUGAUCUGGCAAGAGCCAGGUUCUUCCUGCCACCCCCUUGUCCAUCUUUCCCUUAAGGUCCAAAGGAUUUCCCUGCAGCAAACCAGGAAAAACACGAGAAAGACUUCUCGCUUGUUUUACCAGCUACAAAAAAAAUUCAGUCCUACCUCCAGGGGAGCCCACGGUGCCACUAAUGGUUUUGAAAAUUCCUUUUAUUCAGUGAUGAUUUCUACAGCAGGCUGACAGUUGGUGCUAUGAGCUGUUGAGUCUCUUGUACAUCCUUCUGCUGAUCACACCUCACAGGCUUUGGCUGGGCCAGCGUCCAUUCAGCUUCUAGGGAGUGUCACAACAGGGGACCUGGGGACAACCUGGGAGAAAAAUCAGUGCUGCACACUGCCAAGCUUGGCCUUUACCCAGGUUUUAGUCUCCUCUGUGCAGUAGUUAUGGGAGAACAGGUCAGAGGAACCAGAAUCAUACACUCUCUAGGAGCAAACUGCCUGAAGGAUGGGUGCAGGGACGCUUCCCAAAGCUCCUGAUGCUCCACUCAGGCCCUAUGCUGAGAGGAGCUGCCAGCACUUGGGACCAUUCCAGCUCUAGGGCCGGAGCCUUGGGGACAGCAAUUUUAGACACUACUCAAAUGCUGCCCAGGAGCUGGCCCACAGACUCAAACAUCCUGCUUAUUCCAAAAAUGUUAUGCAUUUCUAAUUUUAAAAUAAAUCUUUUAUGGAAUAAACAGUUGGGGAACAGUCGUUUACUUGGAUUUCUGACUGCGACUAGCGCAGAAGGACAUGGAAAAUUUGCAGUUGCAUGCUAACAGCUACCUGAUGUGAUGGGACUUUGGGGAUUUAGCAGCACAGAGUUGAUGCUCUCCAAUUAGGUAACUGGUAACAAGACAGCAGCCUUUCCCUGGGGAGGAGGCGAAAUGGCAGUAGGUGGGCCAGGUGUCCUCCGCAGAGGAGCCAGUGUAUGUCCAGGAAGGCCAGUGGGUCUCUCUACCACAGCAGCACUUUUUCACUUCCUGUGGAACACAUCUUUUUGUCCCAAGGCCAGCACAGGAGGUGGGAGCCACAUCACCUCCUUCCCAGGGAGAGUCAAUUCGCAGAGUCUGCCUGGUGGCCUCAUAUGUGGGAAGCUGAGGCAAGGUGCUGGGCGGGCACAGUGGCAGACCAGCCAUUUCUGCAGCAGCUAUUGCUGCCGUUCCACACACUGGCUGGGUGCAAGAUCCAAGUCUACAGCCCUACCGCCGAACCCUAGGCUUGCUCAGUCAAAUUGCUUGCCCCAGACCAUGUGAGGGGCAGUCACAGAGACUGGGGUUGAAGUAACAUGCUGAGAAUAUCACCCACAGCCCAAGGGUAUUGCGG